CUAUGGUAACGUGUGAGAGGAUAGGAGAGGACACAGAGAGCAGAAGAGGUUGGUGGUAGGGAAGGUGGACAGCUGACAAAGCCCCUCUUAUGUCUGGGUUAAUGUUUAGCCUGAGGCCGAGCAGCUCAUGGCCCUGCAGCCGUCUGAUCCGGCUGCUGCUGCUGCCUCCGCCCGCCAGGAACAACUCGUCUAAAAUGUCGUCAGAUGCCCACUGGCUCUCCCCUGCAGACCGGGAUCAGCUGUUGAUGGAGCUCAGGGCCACAGGCUGGGUGGAGAUGGAGAACCGCAAUGCCAUUUUCAAAGAGCUUCACUUUAAAACCUUUAAUCAGGCGUUUGGCUUCAUGUCACGGGUGGCUCUGCAGGCAGAGAAGAUGAACCAUCACCCAGAAUGGUUCAAUGUUUAUAAUAAGGUCCAGAUUACAUUGACUACACAUGACUGUGGAGGACUGUCAAAACGGGAUAUCAAAAUGGCCAAGUUUAUCGACAAAAUUGCACUUUGUUUUUAAUCUGAAAGUCUUGCUUUUUCCCAAAUAAAAUAAUUUACUGUCUCCUGUUGAUUCAUCUGUCUUAUAAAAUAAAAUCUGUGAAAGAUAUUCUAUUUUGAUGUUUGUAUUUUGUUUGCAGCACAUUUUGUAUAUACUUUCUGAAAGAAUAAAUCUUUGAUUUUGUGAAA